CUAAUAGCGACAUGCGAUAAAAUUAAUCAAUCGGAAACAGAUAGAUACAGAUUGACACGCGUUCUAGAACAAUUAGAUCGCAUUCGUCGGAUAGUUGCAAUUGUUGUUCCUUCGUGAAGUAUCGACAAGGCGCGUACAUGUUCGCUAAAAAGUUAAGAAAUUUUUCGACCGGGAUCUCGAAAUCUCAGGAAUUAGUAAGUUUUGUUUGGCGAAGACUUCUAGUUCUUGGUUCGACAUUUGGAAUCGCUGUACUUUUAUUCUGGUCAUGCUACAUAUUUUUCAAUAUGUUAAACUAUAAGAUUACGGACACCAAUGCUUUCCCUAAAAGAAUAACAAAUUAUACGUAUAUUGGAAAUUAUACGUCUAUUGAAAAUUAUACGUACAUUGGAAAAUCGUUGGAAUUUCAACAAUCUUUGGAGAAUAGAAAAAUCGAGGAAAGAAAAAUAUCGGCGAGCUCGUAUUGCCAGAUUAAAUCGUGCGACACGAUAAUUUGCACGUCCAUCCCGAGAGAGGCUAAUAUCGAAACAGUGGUGUCAACCUAUAUUGAGAAUGAUUUUAAGGCAAACUGCAAGAAUGCGAAAUCGGUGAAGUUGUCCAUCGAAGAUUGCGAAUUCUCGGACAACACGCUUCGAAAGAAUUGGCUGAGCGUCAACUUGUCGAUCGAGGAGUUAACGUUGAACCGAUGCUCCCUCAAAGAAAUAGAGGACGACGCGUUUGCCUCGCCCAUUUACGAAAAAACGAGCAAGAUCAUCAUCGUCAACAACAAGAUCGCUUCUUUGCGCAAGGCGAUGUUUCGUCACCUCGAGGCAUUGCAAGAGCUGAGUAUACAGGAGAACAUGGUCAAGUCGGCCGAAUUUAAUCUGCUCGAGGAGGUUGCGGGUUCUUUGACCAACCUGGAACUGUGCCAAGCCAUCAACGAUCGAGAAGUGCUUAAGAACAUAACGGGCGCGGACGAGUUGUUCAAGUUAAAAUUGUUAUCAUUAUACGGAAACGUUAUAUCCAGGAUCGACGAGAAAUUGUUCGCAGGGGUGUCAAAAAUCGAGUCCCUCUACCUGCACGACUCCGACAUCGCGACAGUGUCCCGUGACGUCUUGAAACCGAUGGCUUCGUCCAUAUUGCUUCUGACGUUGAACAGAAACAAGAUAACAUCAUUGCCAGAGGGACUGUUAGAUUCGGCGAUCAGCUCAGCUAAACGUUUCCAUGUAUACGUGGAAAAUAAUCCUUGGCACUGCGAUUGCAACUUAAAAUGGAUGCAAGAUUUCGUGGAGGAUCAUUCGAGCAUGAUAGACAAUCCAAUUUGCAACACUCCACCUAUGAACGCUGGAAAAUCAUUCGCUGUAGCGAAUUUCUCUUGCGACGAGUCCUCCAUUACCAUCCCUACCACGAUACUGAAUACAGGGUUAUCAGGAUCCGUCGAACACGAUUCGAAUCAAAACAAUCGUAUCUCGACCCCUCGAAUAUCUUCUACCACCAUCACCAACAACAACAACGACAAAAUCCGUGUCACUUGUAACGCUACCGACACGUUCCUACAAACUUACAACUCGCGCAAGUUGCAGUCGACGACAGACGUUCAACUCUACCCCCGAUUUCCCAAUUUCUACGUCUCCAAGAUCCUAGACACCAGCAUACUGGUGAACCUCCCCAAUCUGACCCAAUCUGGCGUCACUCUGCUCUGGUUCGACAAUAAUAACGUGUACAGCUCCGUGAGAUGCGCGAGAAACGCGAAACGGUCUUAUCUCGUGGAGGAUAUCGAUCCGCAGGCGACGUACACGAUCUGUUUGCUCGACGAUAACGGGAAAUUUAUAUCCCCGUUGAAUUGUUUGGCCGUGACUACAAGGCCCGCUUACGAGUCGAGGACCUGGUUGACGAACGCUGACAAAACACUUGUCCUUUCUUUAUCGAUCGCCUCGUUGCUCCUCCUCUUCUUCGUGGGCGGUUUCCUCUCGUUUCUGCUGAUAAGGCGAUACCCGACGUUGCUUCGAGGCAGCAAACGCGUGAUGCUGGUGAAACGUUGGAACGUGGACGCCAUUGUGCUUCCCAGAGGCGUCGACGCGAACCAGAAGUGGCAGAGGCGGCGGUCUUAUGUCGGCAAGUCGCACGAGGAUGGAUACGUUACGCCAUUGCCCCCGGUUGGGAUUCCUCGACGCGCGUCGAGAUCUAGAGCGAGCUCGCAGAGCGAUAGAAAUAGUUACGUAUCGCCGAUGGAGACGAACGAGACUCAAUUGGAUUUGUGGGGGCUGGAGAGACGGAAGUCGAUCGCUCCUCCAGUUCCGCCUCAUCCAUCGAGCAUGAUUCCAUCUGUUUCAGGAACCGAUUCCAAAUACGAGCGUGCCUACCAAGUAUUCACCGUCUAAUUUAAUUUUCGUGAUAUUCGAUACUUAUUAUUGGACCGCGACCUGUUUUACAAGAAUUAAACGAUGAUCUCGAAUCUCGUUUACUCGGGCUUCUUACACGCGUUUCGCAACAGCGCGAGAGUGUGUGUGGCUCAGCGUUUCUCAACGUGGAACGUUUCAACGUUUCAC